UUUCCUUGUGCUUCCAUCUUGCAACCAUUCUCCCCUGUAAACAUUACUUGUUGGUUUCCAUCAAGCGUUGGAUCCAACCUUUUGAUUACUCGCAUUUGACUCUCGGGGAGCUCCACCUUGUAUACACUCGGGAAUCUCGGUGAUAGGACUUUUUAUUGCCUGACUCAUUCAACCUUGCCGCCAAGCAUUUUGUAAACUAUUCAAUCAACAACACUCUUAUGGAAGAUAUUCAAACACUAUUGAACAACGCCAAACAGCUAACAGAAGAUGGAAACAUAAAGGAGGGGUAUUUGUCCAAUGUAGCAUUGAUGGAGAUGGUGCUGAAGCAGAUGCACGAUGUUAAAUUCGUACAUCACUCCAUCGUUUCCAAGCCGGCUCAAUACAAUACCAUGUUAUCGGUAAUGCGAGCCUGUUUGACAAACGCAGAGGAAAUUGUCAAUAAGCACUCUCACUCUGCCGCAUCAUCUACCCCGCCGGCGUCCCGUCGAAGUUCAGUCUUGGGAAGUACUACCACCGGUAGUACAAAGCCGAGAGCAUCGCCUUCAAUUGACGUUUCUGUUCGAUCACCAACGCCCACCUUUGAAGAAGACGAAUUGGUUGUUUCGUCUACAUCGACUGACCGGCUUGGCAAACCUGCCCCGCCGCUGCCUCCGAAACCUUCAAGGAUGCAAAAUAAGCCCGUUGUUCCACCAAAGCCCGCUAGGUCUGGCCAAUCUUCCAAACCCACCUCCCCCGUGGUCACCCCCAAUCACACAGGCUCUACCAUCAGCGGCCAUUCAAGUCAACCAGAUUAUGUACCGCCAACCAUCGUCACGGAAGGCGCAAAGCUCGAGAUAACCCGACCAAAAAUACCAAUCGCCACACCGCAAAUACCGCCACGAGCAAGACCCCAAACCAUGCCCGAUCCCUCAUCCCUCAAGCCGUUGCAUAUAGCAAGACCUAUGUCCGUCUCCUCGGAAACAUUAAAUGAUGCUACCUUACUGAGAGUGGUAGGAGAGGGAGAGAUCGAUCCAACCAAUUUAGCACCUGCGCAAACCAAUAGCGGAGACAGCUUAACACCAUCUUCACGACAAGCGACCGACCAUGUGCCUAAUAUUCCCGUACCCCCGCUCCUCACCGCGUAUCGACAUAUUCAAGCUAGGCAUGACAAGUUGGACACGGAACUCAAGCUGUUGAAGGAGAAAAAGAGGCAUUUGCUGUCUGGAUCUCAUCCGGACGACGUGACGGAAAGUGAUCUCAAUAGCGCUAUCAUGACCUAUACCUCGUUGACAGCAGACGCCAAACUAACGUUAAACAAGGUCCGCACCAUCUACAUGAGCGCAGCCACCAUUCCCAGUGUACUUCAAUUUCAGCCUUAUCUUGUGGCCUAUCAAAUCACAUUAAUUGAAGCCGCCAUCUUUAUCGAGAUUCCGGUGGAAUGUCUCCUAAUUCAUUCUGCCCGCACUCCUCAGCCACGCAUUGUGGCUUCCACCGAUUUCUUCAACUAUACCACUCGACUGAUUGAGCAUUCCAUUCUCCUACCUCAAGAAGCAUCUCAUCGUGCUCAGCAUAUCAAUCAUUGGAUCAAGGUGGCUGCCAAGUGCCAAGAUCUGAACAAUUAUCAAUCUUUGAAAGCCAUUGUAUCUGCGCUUGGAACGCCACCCGUGCAACGGCUGAAGCGGACUUGGGCAUGUAUUCCUAAGAAGAGCAUGCUGAAGCUUGAAGCCAUGAAUGAAUUGAUGUCGGAGGCCGACAAUUACGGUCGUUACCGGGAGUGUAUGGGUAUGGUGAAUGUCGGUAUGAUCAAUGGACGCAGUGUUGCACAAAUUAAGGCGGAGCAUGCUGCACGACCCACGGUUCCAUUCCUUGGCACCUUCAUCCAAGACAUUACUUAUCUAUUGGCUGCUGCCAAAUCACAAAAUCUUGCCAAACCUACCGAUGAUCCACGUAUCCAAGAGGUGCUUUCCACCAUGGAAAAGUUCCAACGAGGUCCAAGAUACCCGCCCGUCCCCAAUACAGCCUAUAUCAAGUCAUCGACUUCCAGAUCAAGCUUCCGACCCACGUCCUUGACCAGUGCCCUCCAUCGCAGUACUUCUUCCAAGAAAGAUCGGUUGAGUACUAGCAGUUUGUUCAGCAGCGUGGAUGAUGACGAUGAAGAGAUUAGAGAUAUGGAAGAACAACAACAGUUGAUAACCCAGUACUUGUUGAUGCGUCCAUGGGUCAAUGAAGAAACGGUAGAUGAAUUAAGCAGUUUGCGGGAACCUCCCAGUCAUCGUGGCAUCUCUUCCCCCAGCUCUCGCAGCAGUGGUGGUGCAGGCAGUGGCAACUAUACCAGUUCGAUUAUGAGCAAUACCAGUUCGACCUUUGUACGCAUGAGUGCGGGAAAUGGUAGCGGAACCGACAGUCGACCUACGAGCAUGGACGAAUACCCGGAUGGAGGAGGACGCAGUAGUCUGGCCAGCGAGGAUGCGGAGUCGCUCAAGAGAGGGUUUUGGCCAUUCAGCAGGCGAAGUCACGAUGGUCAUCGCCCUACUUCAUUGAUCAACAGCGAUCGUGCUAGCAUUCACUCUCUGCGAAGAAGCACAAGUGAAAUCAAUGUGGGCCAUGACGAGGAGGACGAAGACGAUGAACAAUUUGGCUGGACCAAUCAUUCUUCUCCUGAACCAAAACAAAAUGACCACUUUAAACAAAGUCUUGCCCAUCGUCUUGCUGGUGAAAUUGAACGUCGCCAACAUUGAACUCUUGACAGCUAGCUUGUUGUAUUAAAUAGUUUAUGAUUCCCCUCUCUUCCUAGUUCACUUUCUUCCACAGAUUGUACAUAGUAUUCUCCAAUGUUUCUGUAUGUGUACUUUUUUGUUUUCUCAUCACCGUGUUUUCGCAUUUUUUUUCUUACCUUGCUACGAACAUCAUUGCAAUAGACCUUUUCCAUACCAUUUAUCGUGA